AUGGCAUCCUCACGACCAACAAGUGUCGCUUUUCUCGCGGCGACCAACCGCCCAACCCUCAAAGACAUUCUCGCGAAUUCCGCACCACCACCAUGGACCCUCGGCGCCUUUAUGGCUUACCUGUCCCAGAACCACUGCCUGGAAACGCUCGAGUUCACCAUGGAGGCCGAGCGUUAUCAGACUACGUUCGCUCAAGUGCAACUAGACGAGGGCCAGGACGAUGCCGCACAAUGGUCACAAGACGCACGCGACUACACUUGUGCUAUUUGGCGCAGACUUCUUGGCACCUACAUAACGCCUUUAGGCCCUCGCGAAGUCAACCUUCCUGGCCCCGUCCGAGACCGCCUCCUUGCUCUGGAUAAGAGCCGUUCGCCUCCCCACCCUAGAGAACUCAACGAGGCUGUCACCAUCGUCUAUGAUCUUAUGAACGACUCGGUCUUGCUCUCCUUCGUUGAUUCUGUAAACACGACCGCCCAUGAGCAGGACCAGCCCAUGACUAACGAUGCCGACGACCACCAGCAACAUGAUGCUCGCCAGGGUCGCACUCGUAUGCGUAUGCCGAAGGACUCAUCACGCCCUCGUGGCGAUGAUUCCAGCCGCUCCCCCAAGCCGUCGUUUCUGCCCCAGCUGAAUCUCACUCGCCGUAGCGAAGGCCGGGGCCGCUCGCCUUCGGCCUCUUCCGCGGAUGCAUCCUCAGUGGAGCGUGUUGGACUUAUCGAUGACAAUGGUAGCUCGACCCCUCCGGCUGGCGAACCGCUUACGCCGCCGACAACGCCACCGACGUCGGAUUGGAACUUCAGCACAUCGCCGAACGGCCUGCAGCGUGCCAUUUCCGUCCACAAUGCUGGCUGGAAAAGAAUGAGCGCAAAGCUGGGCCUCGGUAGUCUGAACCGAAUGACACGCUCCAGCCGCCGCCCCAACAAUACUUCGAACGGCAGCAACCACAGCACAGUCGCCUGCGAAGGCUCCUCCUCGGCAUCCGCUGAUGGCGAUGCAUCGAGCGGGAUGGCCGUUGACCAGCAGCAAUCCGGCCAGAACUUAUGA